AUGCUCUCGUCCAUCCGCGUCGCCGCCCUCCGCCGUCCUCAGCCUCAGCAUCUUCUCCUUCGUCGCUCACUGCGCAGCUCAUCCGCCCUAUGGGCCAGCCAAGGACAAGUCAAGCACACGUCCGACACUUACAGCAAAGAAGUAGACGCCACGCCUCCGUCUGAUCAUACCGUCCAUCGAGUCGAUCCAGACUCGGAUAACGUCCAGAAACCGCACGAGCCGCCGUCUGGGUAUAGUCGUGCUGGGGUGAAGACGGAAGAGUACAGUAGCGUUGAUUAUGGUGGGAAGGCGCCGUUGGGGGCGAAAGAGAAGGGUGCGACGUCCACGAAGGGGAGUGGGGGUUCAGCGGAUGAUACCGAAGAAGACGAACUUGGGCUGUAUGAUGAACCGUUGCUCUGA